AUUAUAUAUGCAAGGCGAUAAUUUCAUUCACUGAUUCGACCGCUAAUUUGCACAUCUUCCGCCCUAGUAGGAAUCAUUCCGCGAUUGUAGCAACAGUUGAGCCGAAGUCUUCUUCGGAGUAUGAAACCAUCACGAUGGUUCGUGUGAUUGCACUGUGUUUGAUCCUAAUUUUAACAAAUUUAGAAGUUGAUGGUGGAACCUUUACGAAUGUACCACCGAAAGAUUACAACAGAAGGAGUGGACUUCAUGAUUGUAUAGAUCGGUUUUACUCCAAUACCAGUUUUGCUCCUCGUCCCGGUAUAUACAACGGGAUUCCGGUUGAGCCAGGAGAAUACAGCGCUUUCGCUGCCAUCGGAUGGACUCGCAGUUUGCAGAAGGUGGAUUAUCUGUGCGGUGGAACGUUGAUUACGUUGAAUUUUGUUUUGACGGCAGCACACUGCUCGAUCAAUGGUGAACAAAAAAGACCGGAUUUGGUUCGACUAGGAGAUGUAAAUCUUUUGAGUGACGAAAACGAUGAAAACGUUCAACAGAUAGCGAUUAAGCGUUUCAUUAAGCACCCAGCUUACAAAGCUUCUCGGUCGUAUAAUGAUAUUGCUCUGAUAGAGCUGGAAACAGAUAUCCAACCAGGACCCUUUGUCUGCUCAGCUUGUCUUUGGGCGGACAAGAUCAUGGAUUUUGACAUGCUCACUGUAAUGGGAUUUGGGACAACCAAACUCGGUUCCGACAUGAGCCCCAUAUUGAUGAAGGCCGAUCUACCACCACUUCAAGAAGCCGAUUGUAAAGAUCAAUUUCCAAUCAAUCGUAGAAUUGCAGAAGGAAUUAAGGAGAGUCAGUUCUGUGCAGCCUCCCCAAACAAGGAUGCCUGCCCGGGAGAUUCCGGUGGACCAAUACUGGUUAAUCUGGUUGACCCGAACCCACAUGGAUUACAGAAAUUGAUCCCAUUCGUAACAGGAAUCAUUUCCAUCGGUACUGGAUGUAACGAGGGAUCCAUCGGAUUGUAUUCUCGAGUGGCAUCCUAUAUCGAAUGGAUCCAGAAUGUAACGAACGUUAGUUUUGAUCCUAAGAGCUGUGCUCGCAACACAGAAUGCGUUCCGUUCUACAAAGACGUCUCUAGCUCAGUUCAGCGUCCUGAAUUUGCACCCGAGUACCAUGUCGACCUGAUGAAUGACAAAAGUAAGAAUCCCGUCUGUGCAGGAGCCCUUAUUGACUAUCGACACGUUCUCACUUCAUAUGAGUGUAUCUUAGCAGAACCAACAUUUGUGCUGUUGGAUGGAGCCCGUGCGAACAUCACAGAUAUUACAAACCAUGACGAUUUAGCUAUUAUUGGCUUGGAUCAGUAUUACGACACCAAACCAGAAUACUUCAAAACUUCAGGACCCGUUUGCUUGCUAAAGAAAUCGAACGUUACGAAUUUCAAAAUCCUUGUAUCAGCCAAUGAUCCAGAAAACCACCAACGACUGAUCGUUAAUGCAUUGGUGAUGCCAGAUAACCAGUGUAAGCCUGGGUUCAUUUGCACUGAGAAAGAGGAAUAUCUCAUUCCGGAAACGUGUGUAUUUCAACCGGGAGGAUCCAUCGCAAGUCACAUCCGUGUUGGAGACAACUUCAACAUCCCACUUCUGCAUGGGAUCAAUUUGGAAGAACUCAGCUGUGGAAACCGAAAGGUUCAACUAAAAGCGGCUUCAGUAGCUCACUACUACCCCUGGAUUGAGUCCGUAGUGCUAGGACAUAUCGUUGAGUCCCUGAAGAAGGAGGAAACGUUUCGACAGCACGAGUAUUUUCGUGGUGAUACGUGCCUUCCGGCUUCCGGAGGCGGUUUGGGCCGAUGUGUACCCGCAGAUCAUUGUGAAGAGCUGUUGAAAGAUCACCGCAAAGGGCUGGUGAACAUUAGGACAUGUUUGUUCGAGGGUGACCAGCCGAUCGUUUGCUGUCCGAACGUGUAUUUGUAAUUGUGUUCAAUAUUUGACAUGUCUUUAAGCUGAGAAUAUGAGGAAUAUAAGUAUUUCAUUACUUA